AUGUACUCGGCCGUGACAAAUGGUCUUGGAGGGGGUGGUAAUGAAGCUCCAUUUCAACCCACAACUAUCAAUCCUCAAGCUCUGAAUCAAGGAGCUCUCAACCCCGCCCAAGCAAUUUCACCAAAUGAAAGUCCUCGAGGAAUAAAGCGAAGCCGCUCUCCAGAUACAUAUAAUGAAAUACCACAGGUGGAUAAUCAUAUAGAUGACGGUGACUUAAAGCCCCGAAAGAGAGGAAGACCCAUGAAGUUGAAGUCGGCCGUCAAUACCUCGGAAAAUUCUAAACAAAGCCAAAUGCCACAUUCAACCUCAGCCUCAAGCCAAAGUGGCCAGCCGCAGACUCCUCAGUCGCAGCAUACGGUCUUACCUCAUAACCGUACACCAGGCUCAAACUUGGCUCAAACGCCCGUUCCCAAGCCAACUCCUAAGACAGUUGUCAAAGCCUUACCAACUGUGAGGGAUCACACCACCGACCAGUUAGGUGCAGAGGGAGAUGAGUAUAUUCCACGAGAAUAUGAUGAGCAGGGUGAGAAAAAGGUUUCAGCUAUGGGACAUUUGACAGAUGGACGCGAAUACAGGUGUCGAACAUUCUAUGUACCAAAUCGAGGAGAUAAAUUAUUCAUGUUAGCAACAGAGUGUGCCAGAGUACUAGGAUAUCGGGACUCGUAUCUACUGUUCAACAAGAACAGAUCUCUCUACAAGAUCAUCGCCACCCAAGCAGAGAAGGAAGAUUUAAUCCAUCAAGAAAUCUUACCUUUCUCUUACCGCUCUCGCCAAAUAGCGAUCGUGACUGCAAAAUCCAUGUUCCGGCAAUUUGGUAGCAGAGUUAUCGUUAAUGGGCGUCGGGUCAGAGAUGAUUAUUGGGAAACGAAAGCACGCAAGCAAGGGUUCACGGAAGAUGAUCUUGCCGGGGAAAAGAGACCGGGCGCAGCAAAAGCCCGAGAUGCCGCCGCUGCUGCCGAAGCUUCCGCUGCUCUUGCUGCAAGUCACCACCAUGGCGAUAUUUAUAGCAAUGGCCCGGGACAUUAUGGGUACCCGCAAGCAGCGGUUCCAUCUGCUAUGAUGGGUAUUCCUAGUGCCACUAACCCACUGCCCAUGAUAACCACUCUUGCGCCAGAACAAACAGAUAUGCGUUUGAGAGACUAUAGCAGCAUUCAACGACCAAGACAAGAACUAGCCGGGACCGCGUACCAAGAUAGGACUCAGCCUAGUUCACAUGCCGAUUUAUCAAAUCAUGUGAAUCAAGCAGCUGAAUAUAGUAAGCAGAUCAAUCAACAACGGAGCCGUAGUCACGAGUAUCUGGAACGAAGGUGGAGGCAACCUCAUGAGGUUUCUGGAGGUAGCAUUGUGCAAGCUACGGGUAUUCACGACGGUCUUCCAUCUGCACAAAAUUUGCGCUCACCACGAGCAUCACAAAGUAUUGCGCAGCAACCAAUUCUGGCACAUCAGAACCCACAGAAUCUUUCAUACUCUCAGGCUUCUCAUCAACCUGGUAUUGUUUCACAGCCUCCGAUCAGAAGUGCACCAUCAAGACAGGAGCAGGCAGCAGGGCGAUCUCCCAGCAUACCAAUUGCGUCUGCGAGCAAUAUGAAUCAAGGGACGAAUCCUUAUCAAUUCACGUCUCAGAAUCAGAUGUGGCCAUCAAGUCAACCACAGCAGUCCCCACAGCAACAUGCGUUUAACCCAAGCUACCCACCCCAUCCUAGUCAACAAUCGCCACAUAUACAACAAUCUCCUCAUCAACCUCCCCCUCCAACACUUCGACAACCAGGAAGCAAUCCUCAAAUGCAACCCGCAUUACAAUAUUCUGGUAUGCAAGGAAUGGGGCAAAAUUACGCAGCACCAAAUCGAAAUAUUUAUCAACCUGAGUCAAACAAUCAGCAAUUUAUGCAACCUACAACCUCCGGUUCCCAGCCUAGCUCUCAAGGCUGGGCUCCACAACAACCUACUGGAACUAGUGCUGGCUGGGGUUGGACAGGUCAACCGCAAUAG